AUGGCUACUCAUGACCUGUCCUGGGCCAACUGGAUGUGUCCCUUGCCAUUGGCACCAGCUAAAUCUUCCUUGCUGGACUGCUCACAAGGCUCAGACCUGUAUCCUUAUGCCCCGCAGAAGACACUCCUGAGCAUGACCCCACAGGAUCUCAGAGAGGAUACCUCAAACCUGAAGCACCAGCCACCAGGCCUGCACGGAGACUCUACAGACAAUAAGAAACUCACAAGCAAGGACUCAGUGAACAGAGAAGACAUGGGAAACCAGCCAGAAAGAGGCUUCUGCCUACCCCUCCCUCCUCACACCAGCUCCUCCCCAGAUGUCAGGCUGGACAGAAAGCACCCUAGUCCCUUGACCUUCUGGCCCUGGCUUCCUCCCACCAUCGUCUCCAAGGAACUCCCUCUCCACAUCUGCCCAGUCUUCCCUGGGUCCCCACUUCUCCUGCCUCCCCCUUACCUAUUCACUUAUGGGGCCCUACCUUCUGUCCAGUGUCCACAACUCCUCAUGCUGCCCCCAGACACCUCAUACCCCACCAUGGCCACAUCCAGCUUGCUUAUGACAGCCAAUGGUGCUGGGCCCCAUAUUACCCAGGAGAAGCCCCCGCUUCUCAACUCAGGGGCAUGCCAGAGUGCUGGACACACCCUGACCUCCCAGGUCAGGCAUCAGAGCUUUAGAGAUGCCUCGACCUUCUCCCCAGUACAGGCUGCUGUGGCAGCUCCUGUAAAGCGGCCAGGCUCCCAGGCUGGUGUCCUAGCCCUGCCCUACCCUCUGAAGAAAGAGAAUGGUAAAAUCCUAUACGAGUGCAAUGUGUGUGGCAAGAACUUUGGGCAGCUCUCCAACCUGAAGGUCCACCUGCGUGUACACAGUGGGGAGCGUCCAUUUCAGUGUGCCCUGUGUCAGAAGAGCUUCACCCAGCUGGCCCACCUGCAGAAGCAUCACCUGGUGCACACCGGGGAGCGGCCCCACCAGUGCCGGAUAUGCCACAGACGAUUCAGCAGCUCCAGCAACCUCAAGAGCCACCUUCGCCAGCACUCAGGUGCCCAGCCGUUCCAGUGGAACAUCUGUUCGAGUCGCUUCACCCCGCAUGUACAUCUGAAGCUGCACCAUAGGCAACAAGGUCCUCGGCCCCUGGCCCACACCCACCUGCCCCUCGCCUCCCUCACCUGCCUUGCCCAGUGGCACCAAGGAGCACUAGAUCUUGUGGAAGCCUCAUCAGAGGAGAUGGGCUGGGAUGUGGACAAGGUCAAGGUGUCCAAGGUAUCCGGGAAAGCAAGGGCAGCCAGCCUGAGCAGUGGUGGCUCCAAGACCGAGAGAACCCUCCUAGGGAGUCCCUCACGCGAUGGCAAGGUGGGCUUCGGCCGCGCCGGCAACGAAGGUCUAGCUCCCCGAGUGCUCACACCAAUCCACCUCCGACAUCCCCAGAGGCGUGAAGUUGCAGGGCGGACGGAACAGAGAGCAGGAGCUCGGGAGGGGGAGGUCUGUGUGGGAGUGAUCUGGACUGAGACCUGGGGUGAGCAUGAUCCUCUGAAGGUGCAUCUGCAGGCCCAGGGCACCGACACCAUAUGGAUCAGGUCCCCGCCCGCGGCCGGUGCGAGCGAGGCUGCUGUUUGCUCAGGGGGACGGGCCGGAGGAGGCGCUUCUCUGCCUGGACAGUGGAUCCGGGUGCACCUGCAGCCAAGCGCCCGCCGGCUCAAGCCCCAGCCCUCGAUCUCGCCAUGA